AUGCGCAUCGCGCGUUGCAUAGUGUUUUGUAAUAUAAUAAUACUUCGAACAGCAGUAUCCGCUCUGGCUCUUGACACCGUCCAGCGCAAUACCCUGCUGCUGGAGCAUGCUAGACUUGAUCAUGCUUCGAGGUCCUGCAGCACCUGGGUCGCCGUAGGCGAACCUGUAGCCAGUACAUCUCAGCUUCCCAGCCCACAUGGUGGAGCCGCGCAAGAACAACAACAGCAGCUAUCGGAACCACAGCAGGCACAGCAACAAUCUUCCUCUAACGCUCAAUCAGUACCGCAACUGCCGCCGCAGCCACCGGCGCCGCCGCCACCGCCUGUACCCUUUACAGGAGCAGAUCUAGUUAGGUCCGUCAACAAAAAAGUCCGGCAAAAUUAUAUACGACGAAGAUUACUUACUACGUACCGCGCUUUGGAACGUCUCUCGCAGAGUGAAUUUAAUUUAGACCAAUUAGAAGCAGCAGCUACCGCGGCGCAGACUUCUCAUGGAACUACUUUAUUGGUGCCCGGAACAACCGCGCGGGUUCCUAAUACUUCUUUGAUUGGGCGGAAGGAGCGAAAUCACGCAUUGACAAUCCGGGAUGUUGAAAGAGAACGUGGAAAUCAGUUGUCUAAGUACGAGAGAAAUAUGAUGAUCUUCAAUUGGCUUCACACUCUAGACGACAGCGCAGUUGUAGACAGCGUUGAAUAAGAGCCAAGAAGAUUCUGUCACUGUUUCUCGCAACUCCGACAACAUGCGAUCUAUCGUGCCUAAGUCCCUCUUUCUUCGAUACUACUUUAUCGAGAGGGCACUUCAUUGAUAUAGACACCAUAUUGUCGCAUCUCGGAGGAUAUCGUUAAUUCGUAGUUAGAAAGGGACAACGGAGGAAAAGGAUAAAAUGGCGAUUUAUCCUUUGGCAUUCAGCAGAGUCUGUAUCUAUCAUGUGAGGAUUAAUAAAUGGCUGUGUAAUUUAGUCUAUAUAUAUUCUAUGUUUCUAACGAGAGAAUAAGUGUCUUAUGAUUAAUUGUAAGAUUGAAAUUUACAGCUACCUAUUAAGACUUAUAUGUCCACUGCAAUCAUAUAAGCGUAUUAAAUUAUGAUAUUAGAAGCGAGAAA